AUGGAGUCCUCCAAAAAGAGAAAAUCACGAACUAGACACGAAGGCCCAAAAUGGGUAGCAAAAACUCUAGCGAAAUGGAAGGAAUACGACAAGAAGAUUGAUAAAUUAGAUGAAAAAGCUAAACCAACAAAUAAAGUUCCUGCAAAAGGAUCAAAGAAAGGUUUCAUGAAAGGUAGAGGAGAACCUGAGAACUCGAGAGGUAAUCAAUUAUGGCUUGGAACUUUCGGGUCAGCGGUUGAAUCUGCCCUAGCUUAUGAUGAAGUUGCGCAAGUCAUGUAUGGUCCUUGUGCUCGUCUCAAUCUGCCAAAUUGUCGAACCAUGAGCGAGUAUUAUUCUGAAUCAAUGGUGGUUCUUAAUGGUGCUUCAAGCAACGAAUCUGGUAAUCUGCCAUUGAUGACGACUGUUAAACAAGAAGUUGAAGAUGAUCAGGAAGAUGACGACUGAUAUUGUGGAGAAAAGAAUACGGAAAGAAGCAGGUCAAGGAAUAGUGCAAGAACAUUGUUGGCGAGUAUUCUCAAGAAUAUAAGAGAUGAAGCAGGUGAAAUCACAGCAGAGAUGAAGCAGAUGAAUGGAAAUCGGAAGCCUUUUUCUUGA